AUGAAGGUCAAGAUCAAGAAGUGGAACGCGGUCGCGACUUGGAGAUGGGACCUCCCUGAGGACGAUGUCUGCGGUAUCUGUCAAGUCCACUUUGACGGUACAUGCCCGACCUGCAAAUUUCCCGGAGACGACUGCAGCCUCCUGUCGGGCAAGUGUGGACACAACUUCCACAUGCAUUGCAUCAUGGAGUGGAUCAAGCAGGACUCAGCCAAGGGACAGUGCCCUAUGUGCCGACAGAAGUUCGAGUGGGGAGGAGAGAAUGGUGCAGCGCCGCAGCAGGAGGGUGAUGAACAGUUAGAGAUUCUGGCAGACGAGCCGCAGUGA